AUUUUGCUGGCGCCCCACCUCUUCCAGCGCGCGAGGGGCUGUGGCCAGCACUGGGGGGCGGGGCUAGGCAAAGACUGCCCUAUGGGGGGGAAACGAGAUGGGACUGGGAGUUGGGGAUAGGGUUUCUCUUUGGGGGCGUGGCUUGUGGGUUCCAGCUUUCCCGCCGACGGUUGGCCACGUCACGUGACGUGGGUUGGAAGAUGGCGUCUCCCACGGAGGGGACGGAUCUGGAAGCAUCUUUGUUAAGUUUUGAAAAACUUGACCGUGCCUCACCAGACCUUUGGCCAGAACAAUUACCAGGUGUUGCUGAAUUUGCAGCCUCUUUCAAAAGUCCUAUUACUAGUUCACCACCCAAAUGGAUGGCUGAAAUAGAACGUGAUGACAUCGACAUGUUGAAAGAACUGGGGAGCCUCACCACAGCUAAUUUGAUGGAGAAGGUACGAGGCCUACAGAACCUGGCCUAUCAGCUGGGGCUGGAUGAGUCCAGAGAGAUGACACGGGGGAAGUUCCUCAACAUUCUAGAGAAACCCAAGAAGUAGCGGCAGCUCGCGGACAUGACGUGCGGGAGCUGGAACCACGCUCCCCUCCCAGCGCAGGUCUGGCGAUGCGCACCUCACCGCGUCCCGGCCAGAGGCUGGAGGGUGCGCCUCCAGGACUGGCCCUCUCUCCUGCUCCCGGGGCUCUGCGCCGCUGAGGACGUUCGGCAGCAGGAGAAGACUCUCUUCUGCCCAAGGAUCAGUUGUUCAGUCAGCUUCCAGACCUCGACCACCUGCUCCUCAGACGCUGGUGACAACGGAGGGCAUGCCGUUCUUAAGGGUCGAAGUCCUGCUGCCUCGUGUCCGGAGGUGAUCAGAAGCCCCAGGACCUUACAGUUAGAUUUGGUUCUGUGAUGGCAAAGUCCGUGGUGACAGUGAUUGGAUGGGUUUUUGUGAGUUGUUCUUAAUCUCUGAGUAUUUAUGACACGAGGAGCCCAGAGACUCAUUAGAUUCUGGACCAGACCGUGCAGCCUGACCUGGGAACUCUCCAGUGUAUACUGGAUUCCAAGAAUCCCCUGCUGGAGAAACCAGAAUCUUCUGAACAUGUAUGCCUGCUUUUAAAAUUCCACACCCUCAUGAUAGUCCCCUGCCCUGAUGCCUUCCAUGCCCCGCCUCCCAGCCCCCACCAUCCAUUCUGACUCCAGGGAAAGGGACCCCUGUGUACCGAGUCCCUCUUGGGAUUAGCUCGUAUAGUGAAAGGCCCGCGCAAGGUUGCAUUGACUUCCAGACCUCAAGACUAAUUUAAAGGUGACAGAAAGGACUUUUGAGUUCUAGUGAAUCUGUUACAGAUUCAAGUGAGACAGUUUGGCCUGAAGACAGGGAAAGGGGAUUGGUUGCAGGAUUCCCACUUGAUGAAAAACUAGAAAGUCUGAUUGACCUUAAGGGAAUAUGUGUGCUGUGGAACGGUGGCGAUGUUUUUGCCCCCUUGUCCCCUCUCUCGGCACAUAUCAGCUGUUUCCCCCAUAGGACAGAAGCAUGCACAUGAAAGAAAAAGAAUUUCCUGACCUAAAUAUAUAAUUCUCACGGAGCUCUUUGCCAGUUGCCCCUCAGUGUUAAAACCUGAAAAUAUAGCCUGUGGGUAACGCCAAUGACACAUUUCCUCCACGUUUCAUCUCACAAGGUGGCCCCAGCCUCCGAUGUGUUUGAGAAAUACCCGGGGUUUCCUAGACUUUGUGCAAAGAGCGUCUGUGUGGCAGCGGCCGGGCGGCGCUUUGACACAAGGAGAGUCGUGGUCAGGGGUUCGGCCCCGGGUGUCUGCAGGAGGGUGCAGCGCUGUUCAGUUUAAUAGCCGGCCCGUUAGCCGUUUUCUGACAUGUGCUGGAAUUCACGUUGGGUUUUUCUCUUAUUUGUGCCGUUUGACCAUCCAUGUGAUUGUACUUACGGACAAGAAGGAAACCAUUGAGCACAAGACACAGAGGGUGAGAGUGAGCGGGAGACAUUCUGCUUGGACGCUGUGUGCCGCAGAGCGGUGGCGCAGGGCCUUGGAUUUAAGUUCAGCUUACACUGACAUUCCUUUAUCUUACACGGGGUGGAGCAGAGUGUGUGUGCACAAAAAGUGGUGCCCGAAUGUCACAUUCUUUCUUUGCUCUAAGAGUCGAUGACAUCAAAAGGGGAAUUGCGAAAAAUGUGGAGUGUAUCGGGGUGCCUCCCCGAAACCAACUCGUCUGCAACCCGAAGCUCUGCGGUUGGUUUCUGGUCUGCUGUGGCCUCUCUCUUUUACUGUCAUCUUACUCACCAGCACUUAAUGUAAGUAGAUGUUUUAGAAUUGCGAUAUUUAUUGGUUUUAUAUUUGUCGUCCUUGGAAAAGCUAAUAAUGUGUUUUUAUAUUGAUAAUAUAAAUUUAUGUACAGUGUGUGCAUGUGUGUAUUUCAGGGUGUUAGGAGAUUGUACUUGGUAUAUGAUGUUUUCUGUGUCGUCAUAAUAAAUGUGUCCCUUUUAUA